AUGCCACUUCCAUCCGACCUCCAGAUCGACGUCUCCAAGUUCGACCCUACCAAUUCCAACCCGAAGACCGAAGUGUUUAACAAGAAGCUUAUCCAUAUAGCAAAGGAUGGCCCGCGAUGGUAUGAGGUUGGGGCUGCGAAGUACCGCCAGAUGCGUUGGAACGGCGAAACCCCACUCCCUAAGCCCGUCGUGAUCGAGUCCGGAGUCAACGGCACCAUACCCUCGAGAGACCCAGGUCGCGAAUUGACAUACCGCCUGUUCAAUCCGGAGAAGGGCGAGGUCAAGGGAAUAUACAUGCACAUUCACGGUGGUGGCUGGGUGUUGCAGUCGGAAGCAUACCAGGACGGCUUGCUAAAGUACAUGGCGGACAACACCGGCCUCGCUGUUGUCUCGAUCGGAUACAGACUCGCCCCUGAGGACCCCUGGCCCGCAGGUGCCGAGGACUGCUACGACUUCGCUGAAUACCUCGUCGAACACGGAAAGGAGAGGUUCGGAGGCGAGCUAAUGUUCACUGGCGGCGAGUCUGCUGGCGGCCAUUUCGCCGCCCUCGUCUCUCUCUACCUCUUGAAAUCCAAACCAAACUUCGCCUUCCGCGGCCUCCUCCUUCACUUCGGCUGCUUCGACCUCUCCGGCUUCCUGCCCAUGGUCGACCACCACGAGCGCGGAUUGGUCAUUGACCACGACAUUAUGAAGCGCUACAUUGACGUGCUGCUGCCCAACACCACCAUCGAGCAGCGGCGCCAUCCCUCCAUUUCCCCCUUCUUCGCCGAUCUCCGAGGCUUGAAACUCCCGCCUGCGCUGUUCACAUGCGGGACGGAGGACCCGUUGCUCGAUGAUACGGUGUUCAUGAGUGCGAAGUGGAUGAUGUGGGGGAAUGAGGCGGUCGUAAGAAUUUACAAUGGCGCGCCGCAUGGGUUUAUCAUGUUCCCGCCGGGGACGAUUGAUGCCGUGCAGGAGGGGUUGGAUGCAAGUACUGAUUUCGUGAAGGAGAAGCUGGGUUGA